AUGUCCCCGGGGAGCGGCGUGAAGAGCGAGUACAUGAAGCGCUACCAGGAGCCGCGCUGGGACGAGUACGGGCCGUGCUACCGCGCGCUGCUCCACUACCGCCUGGGCCGCCGGCUGCUGGAGCAGGCGCACGCGCCCUGGCUGUGGGACGACUGGGGCCCGGCCUGCGCCUCGGACGACUCGGCGUCGUCGGCGUCCUCGGGCGCCGGGGCCCCCGCGCCCCAGUGCGCCCCGGCCUCGCCGCCGCCGCCCGUGGAGCCAGCGGCGCGCGAGGAGCCGGAGCAGCGGGCGCGCGCGGCCCCGGAGGAGGAGCGGGGCGCGGAGGCCGCGGGGGACGCGGAGGCCAGGGACGCGGAGGCCGCGGAGAACUCGGCGCUGCCAGCACUGCCAGUGAAAGACAUAAAAGAAAAACCUGAAGGACAGAUCAGGACCAGAGAGCCUGGCAAAUCGCCCAGCAGUACGGAACCUCAGCCACCACCAAGUGCCUUACCUGCCAGAGGGAGUAGGAGAGCGGUCAGGAGUCCUCAAAGGUCUUCAACUAAAAUAAAAGACCAUAAGCACCCGUUUGCCCUUUAUGGGUGGGGAGAAAAACAGACGGAUACAGGAAGCCAGAAAACUCACAACGUCUGUGCUUCUGCCCCAGUGCAUGAGAUUCAUGAAUCGGCGUUGCGAGCCAAGAGCAGAAGGCAGGUGGAGAAGAGGCGGCUGGCGGCUCAGAGGCAGCGGGCUCACUCCGCCGACGUGGACAAAAACAGGCGGGUCAAGCCUGCCUCGUCGGAGAACCCGUGGAUGACGGAGUAUAUGAGAUGCUACUCCGCCAGAGCUUGA